AUGGUGUCACUCGGUUUUAUAGCGACUAUACUAACAGCUAACUUUGUUAGUGCUUUGUCGACCGCUGAAAACGGUCUAGCUUCGGAAUGUGCCGAAGGAAAGCGGACGCUUCACGAAUUCAACGACAAGUUACUUGUUCGAGAAGAAAUGAUAUCUUUCGCCGAAACCACAGGUCAAAUUGUGAUUAUCACAAACGUCGCCUCUUUCUGAGGUUUAACUGUCGAACAGUAUCACCAAUUGAAUGCAUUAGUGAAAGAAUUUAAUACGACUCGUUGUGGGUUGAGAGUCUUUGGCGCUCCUUGCAACCAAUUCGGGUUGCAAGAGCCGGGUGAGGGAAUCGAAAUACUGAAUUCAGUGGAAUAUGUGAGACCUGGAAAUGGCUUCAAACCGAAUUUCGAUCUAUUGGUGAAAAGAGACGUGAACGGCAAGAAAGAGAAUGUGCUCUAUACUUGGCUGAAGGUAUGAGUGCCAUAAUAUGAUAAAGACCAUGGUUUAAAGUGGUCGCAGAUACAUUUUGAGGCAUGGCCGAGAUAUUUCGUCCCAUUUCUUUUUUUUUCUCAUCCUUUAGGAGUACAUGCUGGCCGAGUAGAAUGCGGGCCAUGCUCACAUGUCAAGUACUCUAAUUUUGCAACUCAUCUACAACGAUACUUAAGUCAAAAAACUUUGACGAUGAAAAUGUUUUGCAAGAUGGCGCCUUGGGUAUUACCCUCCUUCUGUGAAUGACCCAAAUAUUACCCAAUGAAACUGAAUCAUUUUGGGGGGCUAGUCACCCUAAAAAUAAGUAGGUAUAAACAGUAAUGCUGUGAAAUACAAAAAAUUGUUAAUGAACAUGUACAGUCCUUGCAUGCAUGGUUGGCUCGCUCGGAGAACAAAAUUUUCCCCUACGCGACCACUUUCAGCGACAACUCCCAUUGAAAAUUACAUUUCACGAGAUUUAAUUGGUUCUGAAACUUUCUUUGUUUUGCCUCACAAAGAAAACAAAGAUGCCGGAAAGUUUUGAUUGACUUCAAACAUCAUGGUUGACUGAAAGUUAAAUAUUGUAAUUGUUUCACUGUCGGCAGGUUGGUUUCUAUUAGCUAUACCUGAACAGCCUUUGUGAAAUGUUGGUUUUCAACUCAGAAGCCAUACUUCUAAAUAACAAAUCAUAAAGUGUAAGGACUGAUAGUACUUCGUUUCAGAAAACGUUAACCAAUCACAAGAUGUGUUUAGUACAGGAUAAACCGAGAACGCGGGUAAUAAACCAAGGGCAAAUAUGCGACCUAUAUCUCAAGUUAGAGGUUUAUAUUACCUAUAUAUGUCCCAAUCAGUAACCGACUUAUUUACUAGUUGAGGAAGUUUUCGAACAAGGCUUUCAAAGAUUUCGAUCAAGACAUCAAGUCUCAAGAUUUUUCGAGUUUUGUCGACAAUUAUCAACUGGUUAUGUACAACCUGUAUAUACAUCCCGUGGUACAUCAAAGAAAACCCACUCAACUAGAAAAUAUAUAUAAUAUUAGACAAAGUAUCAUAAAACUGCAAUUUUUUCCCCUCUCAGACCACGUGAUUUGAAUAUGCAAUAAGCGCCACGAGGUUACGUUCGUGGAAACCUAAAUUGAAUCUGAGACGCUCGAGCAAAGGAUAUUCCAAUCCCAUUUUCUACCUGAAAUUUUGGCGAAAUCCCAGUCCCAGUUGGAUUUUUAUUAGAAAUCCCAGUCCGAGUCAUUGAAAUCCCAGUCAAUAAAAAAAGUUAUUUAUCGGUAGAAUAAACAGUUUAGUAAGACCUUUUAAGCCAGCGUGUGUGCGCACCGUGUGGCAGAAGCGGUUAAUGCGCUGUCUCUUGCCACUGAAUUAAGCCCGUUACUGCAGGUCGAGCACAUGGGAUUUACUUCGGACCACUUCGGUUAAGUAACUUGUUUCCGACAUGGCGGUAUUUUUCCGCUUGCUUUGCUUUUGAGGUGUAUACUAAAAACUAAAUGAAGUAUAUACCGGAAACCAGGCAUACAUUCCGGCUGUGCAUCUGACUUGGAGACACGCAUAAUCAGAAAACCCAGAAUUCCCUUCGCCAGAGUAUGCCUGUUCGCAGGUAGUGCAUUCCCAGUGGCCAAAUCCCAGUCCCAGCAACCCAAAUCCCAUUUUCCCAGUCUAAAAAUAGAUCAAUCCCAGUUCCCAUUUUACCCCUUCAGGACCCUCUUUGCAACUUGCCUCAAUCGCUGGCUGCAAAACAAAGUCUGUCGAAGUGUUUAGUGUACGUAAUUAUGGCCGGAAUUCAGUUACUGCCUAUUAUGCAUUUUCAGUAUUUGUACAGAGGUUAGUUUUACGACAUUUGUCCAUUUAAUUCUAUAUAAGAAUAUCGCACUACUGCUACUAGGAACAAACGAAAAUGCAGAAUAGGCAGUAACUUAUAUACACCAGGAAACAUUACACUAAACUGAUUUCCAGUGCUCUCACUUUUAAGGAAUUAUCCUUAAAAAUAGGAAUUUUGAGUUUGAGUUUUAAGGAUUUCUUUCAGGAAUUCCCGAAACAUUUUAUCAUGGACUAAAAACGUUGGACGGAGAAUAACCACGCCACGCAAAUGCAAUUUAAACUUGAAAGUAGCAACAUUAUACGCACAUAAUUAUAUUCGUAUGUUCUCAUGUCAUAAAUGUAUACAUAUGGCGUCUUUCGAUUAAAAUUCUCAAAAGAUAAAUGUCAGUAUAUGCUGUUUCUUCUGAAAUCUACAGAUUCAGUUCCAAGCUCUUCAUGCAGCAACGAUUAAAAAUACACAUGUUGAAUGUUUUCUUUAUGGCAUUAUGCUAACAAUCAAAAGUUUUUAGGGCUUAGAAACGAGGUUGUAAAAUUGAAAACCGGCAAAAAAGGAGAAAAAACCCCACUUUUUCAACUAUGUGAUCAGGCCAGUGUAGUACUUUUACCAAUUUAAGGAAUUUUAAGGAAAUCUGAGGAAUUCUCGAGCUUUUUCUAAGAAAUGCGAAAAUUUGAUUGUGAGAGCACUGCGCUGCUGUCCUCAGAGUGAGGACCCUGAUCUCAGAGUGAGGAACCUGCCCUCAGAGUGAGGAACCUGCCCUGAGUGAUUUCUACCACUGAGCUAUACUAUAACUGGAGGACCUGCUGGAAGUCCUCCAGGUAUUAUACAGCUCAGUGAUUUCUACAAGCUAUAUGUUGUGCAACCACAAAAGUUUUCGAAAAAUUUUCUUGUCCGUUCCAAUCCACGGAUAAUUUUCCCGAGUGGAAACUAGCCUUUACCGUCAUCAACCUUGUACUACAACUGGGAGAACAAGCAGUGCGAACAUAGCUUGAUAUCGGCUUGACAACAACCUUGUUACAACUUGUUUGCUGAUCUGUUGCACGUUUUAACGUGUGUACUAUAAUGUAACUGGCAUUUAUUUGUUAUUCUAAAUUAUUUCAUAUUAUUUUCAGCUUCUCUGUCCAAAUCCUACCACCCUCAUCGGUGAUCCAUCGGAGCUUUUCUACUCGCCAAUACGCACCACAGACAUCACGUGGAAUUUCGAGAAAUUCUUGAUCGAUCACACAGGGCGCCCUAGAAAGAGGUACGCUCCCGAUUUCAAACCGCUGGACAUGAAGCAAGAUAUCCAGAAUUUGGUUCAGGCAUGUUUGAAAGGAAAACAGCGCAAUGUUAUCUUCCAAGAUCUCUUUGAUCAGGUUUAG